UUCAGUGCAUUGAGCGUGGUCUUCGGAAACGGUCGCAAUUCAAUCGUCGCGCUUCGGCUGUUUAGCUUCGUACGAACAUUUCAAUAUCGCGUGCAGAAAUCCAAUCACAGCGUCAACAUAUCAACACUUGUUUUGCUCGAUUCUCCGUGUAAUCAUUCCUACAGGCUUAAUCUUGAUCAGAAAAUCAGCAAAAUACUGAAUUGCUCAUUUAGAACAAUAAAUUGAGGUUCAUCAUGAAUAUAGAAAUUUCCCGUCUCACGAUGGCCAAUGCGGAUCAAAGUGGAGUUGAUCAAACGGACCAAAGCAUGCAGAAAAAUUACUUCAACAGCAGUGGUGCAUCGAGAUUUUUACCACCCGUUCUCAAGCUGUUGGAGCUGUUUGUCGCUAUUAUCUGCAUCGGACUCAUCGACGAUCCGGCGAACAACUCCCGGUUCCGGGUUUUCAUGAUGGCUCGCACAUCUGCCCUAGCCUAUUCAACAUUCGUGCCAUUUCUCAUCUUCUCGGUGAUAUAUCUUUUCGGGAAAAUUAUAAGAGAAAAUAUUCCAUGGAAGAUCCAAUCCCUGCUGAAUUUGACGGCGUUCAUCCUGUAUCUUGCGACGGCAGUUUGUAUCUUGAAUGAUUGGGCGGAUACGAAGAAUAGAAAUUAUUGGCCUCCCAAUACCCAAAGGAUGGACUUUCAGUGUGGCGCAGGAGCAGUUGCUAUCGUUGGCGUGCUGCUCUACCUCCUGGACCUGAUAAUAACAAUUCGCUUGGGCAUAAAUGGCGAUAUUGAAUAAUUGACUAAAUCCAAGGGCCGAUGGCCACAUAAAAACUACAACCAGACUUAUAUAAAAUUCCGUCCAAUUUCAAUCAGAUGACUAGAAAACGUACAUACGAACACAAUGGACCAAAAAGUAGCUUAAGGGAGAAAGUACUAUGUAAAUGUUUUAAAAUUGUUUUAAAUUAUUUCAUUGUUACGUCACAAACAGACAGUUGCUAAUUUUACAUCGAAUAAUGAAUUACAAUGAAUCACAGAUGCACUAGCGAUAAGAUGAUUUUGUCAUAUCUGGCAGGCCAUAUGAUUUAGGUUUAGAACGACUAUGUACAAAUCAGGAGCUUGAAAUUAACGUAUCAGAAAACCAAGUUAACAGAGAGAAAUGGAAUCAACGUAAAGUCGAUGUUAAUGUUCAGUUAUUUUUCACAGAAUAAAAUUAUUUUUCAAUCGCAACGGCAAUUGCCAUGUGCCACAUCAAUACAAUUUGAUUAAAAUAGUUAUAAGAAUAAAAUCGAGGAAUCCGAGCUCGAUAUGGUUUUAAAUAAAACAUAAUCAUGAUAGUUAUAUGCCACGAAGAGAAUAAAACUACAAAAUGUUAUACCUA